GAGGACUUUUACGGGCUUGCCAACUGUUUAUGCGCUCUGGUUGCAUACAGGCCCGAGGAGAGGCUUACUGGAGGUUUUUGUGGGGAGAAGAAGGGAGCCAGACAGGCGACAGUCAGCGCUGUCUUGGCCUCGAGGCAGAGGCAGGGAGCGAGCAGACGAGCCAAUGAGAAGGAGACAUCCACUCCCCUCUGUCCUGCCCGGCCCGGCUCAGCUCGGCGCGCCCUGUAAUUACGAGCUCUAGUUGGGUUGGGCGCCGCCACGGUGGACAGCCCGGCUGCGUCAAGAGAGUUUGGGAACAGCCAGCUCCAGACUGCGAGCACCUCUCUACACUCCUGCUGCGCAGUUUGGAGCGAAAGGAAAGCGCUGAGAAUGAACGGCCAAUCCUCGCCUAUCUUCGAGGAGAAGAAACCUUCCCUCCCCGUGGCCGGGAGCUCCAUCUCGGCCGCCAAGGAUUCCCCGACCCUGCCGGAGUCCUCAUCCACAGACAUGGGCUUCUACAGCGGGCAGAGCGCGCUCCACGGCUCGCAGGAUUUCUACCAGGCGCAGCAGCCGUACUCGGCCCAGCACAUGAACCCGUACGCGUACCACCACUAUAACCUGAACGGGAUGGGCCCAGGCGGUGCUUACCCCGUGGGCAAGGCAGAGUACCCGUACCCCCAUGCGGCGUACAGAGGGGAGCACGGUGCGUUCAGCAGGGAGGUUCAGUCAGCGCUGCAGGACGGUGUGAAAGAGGAACCAGACGUGGAGGUUCGGAUGGUCAAUGGGAAGCCCAAGAAGGUGCGCAAGCCCCGGACCAUCUACUCCAGCUACCAGCUGGCGGUCCUGCAGAGGAGAUUCCAGUCGGCACAGUACCUGGCCCUGCCGGAACGGGCCGAGCUGGCCGCACAGCUGGGCCUCACACAGACACAGGUCAAAAUUUGGUUCCAGAACCGUCGCUCCAAGUUCAAAAAGCUCUACAAGAAUGGAGAGUUUCCUCUCGGGGAUAUUCCUCUUGAACACAGUCCAGACGCCAGCGAUUCCAUGGCCUGCAACUCUCCUCCCUCCCCAGCUGUGUGGGAAAACACCAACAGCAACGGUAACAACAACAACAACAGCAGCAGCAGCAGCAACAACACAAACAGCAGCAGCAUCAAGAGCAAUGCAAUGAUAGAUCCUACCAGCAGGGGGCAGGGUCCCUAUCAGCCUCCAGUUGAUUCUUCGCCCGCCUUCAUGGGAGAUUACACCCACCAGAACUGGUACCAGCAGCAGGGUGCACAUUUAGGUCUGCCGCAGUCUGGCCUGACGCACCACACUCCAUCAACAGCAGCGCCAUCCACACAGAGCAUGGGAGCCGUCUACUGACGCUGAAACACUAACUGCACAACGGCUUAAGAGUGGAGCCCCGGGCUAAAACAGGGGGAGUACUUUUUGGAUGAUUUGGAGCGCUGUCGUGAACAGAAAUACCUGACAGUGACCAUCAGACACGAGUCAUGACUGUAAAACCCAACACACAUGUUGUAAAACCGGCUUUCUACAGUAAAUGUGGACCAAAAUCAAGCGGUGGCCUUCCGUACCCUGUUGUCCUCAGCUCUGAAGUUUAUGAACUCAUAACGGAAAUUAGGCUGAUUGAUGUGGGUGCUGAGACUGAUUUUAUUUGAAAUCACUGAUAACUGAUCAUAUUUUUUAUAUUUGAUAAUUUAAAUAUGACCAUAUUUAUACCAAAAACGUAUGUUGUAUAUUGAUUCAGUCUUUCCCUGAUCUCCCAGAAAGGGCCUCUGACGCAGUAUUUUCACUCUAAAACUGAAUACUACUGAAAUCCUUCCAGGCUUUGCAGUAAAUUAAAGCCCGCCACAGCAGCACAGAGAACUUUAAGAUAUGUAAGGCUUUACAUUUUUACAGAAAACAGGACUGUUUGAUGUAACUAUGGACAGACGCCAUGUUAAAGGUGAACAACACUGAAAGGCUGAUAACCUUUUAAAAUAAAACAUCGAUAUCAACCAUGGAGAGACACUGAAAUGACCCCUGAGAGGGUGUUUUUUUUCUUUAAUAGGACCAUUUAUAAACUGAAUUUAAAUUCAUUUUCCAUUAGUAACAUCGCAGACAUUGUCCUCAUGGAUUCAGUAGAUGAUGAAGUUGCUCCAGCGCAGUGGACCUGACAUUCACAAAGUGCUGUUUGCGUACAUAUAUGUUUUGUCUUUAUUUCCUAUGAAACCCAGCUGGAGCAGAUUAAAGUAGAACUGUGUGUGAACUGUGGCUGUUUUUGCAGGUGAAAAAGUUUUUGCUCUUGGCGUCGAGGUAAGGCCGGGGCCUUUUGUGGCUCCAAAGGGAGCUGUGUCAAGUCUGAUAAAUUGCCUCAAGUGAUGUCACAUGAGUCAGCGUUGGUUGGGUCCGUAGACUGCAAGUUUGAUAGGGGAAUAACACACCUGAAUCUCCGACCGAACUGUCAGCAGCAUUGUGGGUAAUGUGCCAGUUUAAAAAAAGAGCCCAAAUCUGACAGUGUUACAGGAGUCCAUUGCUAAAUGAUGGAGUCUUUUAAGGGCCUUUAAAAGUUUCACAUGUUGAAGCAGCUCAAAGGUGUUCAUAUUGUGUUAAUGUCUUAAUGCUGAUCAGUGUGAACAGGAAAAGGCCUCAUGAAGUCACAUUUUUCAAGUUUGACCACAUGGGCGUCUGCUACAGAUUUCCCACUCCCAAGACACAAAUCUCACCAGUGAUCUGCUUCUGAAGACUCGUGAGUCAUUUGUCAGCUUUUGUUGCUAUGACAGUAUGUCAAAAUAUCAUAAUAAUGUCGGCAUCCACAGCAGUUUGGCUGAGCCAGUUUUGGCACAACGCAGUGAUUAAAAGAGAGCAAGACAGCGAACUUGUAGGUUUUUCUGCAGAUGAUUUUGGCAAAAAACGUAAGGGUGUGUUCAACCAGAAAGAGGUACAGGUACAGAAAAUGUCGGUUAUGAGCAGCUGCAUUAAGCCUCUGUAGAGGAAGCUAAAACGUCUCAUGGAUUAAUCAGAUCACGCGUCCGCAUGGGGCUCCUUUCUGAAGAACGUUUCUGUGAUUUUGCUGCCUGUGCCUCUCUUAAUUGAUUAUAGAAUAUGACAAUCAACCAGUAAUUUAUAUUUGUAUUAUAUGUAUUUUUUAUGCUGUUAAAUUGCUCCUCCAGAGAUUUAGUGUCUCAUUUUGAAAAGUUGAGACUUGCUAAAAUAAAAUAAAAGAAGGGACAUAAUCGAAGCAGCGGAGGUCAAUAUGUCCCGACUUUUAGGUAGUAAAAGUCCUAGUAUUAGUCCAAAGUCCCGAAAACGGUGCAUCCUGCAACUCCCACAAUGCAACUUGCCACUGUCUUUCAUUAGACCCCUCUUUGCUUGACAAAUCUUUCGAACAGCGUGUUGACUUUUUGGCUUUCUCUUACAAAUUUAAACUCUCAAACCUGAGACCCAGAUGACAUCGUCAGGGUAGGUUC